GCUUCUGAAGCUAUUUGUGAGGAGGUGCCAAGAUGGCGGCCCUGUGGGGCGGCGGUGCGGGACAUGCUGGGGCUGGGGGAACCCUCCCCAUGCGAGGUGCCUCGGAGCCCUUGGUGGGCAAUACCUUUUCUUCUACGCAGUGUUUACUGGCAGAGGAUUUGCACUUGGCAUCUUUGGAAGCAGAAACCAUCCUUGAAGCUGGGGAAUUCCUGGAAACAAUGCAGGACUACUUAGAUUCUUCUGUCAUUUCCAUCAUUGAAGAUUUCAGCAGUUUGACUGAGGUAAAAAGCCACAUGGAUGCAGAGAAUGAACUUUCCCUGUUGACCGCAAUAACAGAUAUUCUUGAUAGCACAGAUGAUGAGACUCUGUCUCCCUUUGAUCCUAUUCCUGAAUCUGAAUUGCUAACAUCACCCAGAGAGAUUGAAAAUUCUUCGUUUCAGAGAUUUCUUAGUUUUUCUGUGACACCCGAUGGACAAGGCUUACACAAUAUUGAGGAUUUCCAGGAGCCUGGACUGUAUACCAUUAUGUCAAAGAAGGUUGAAGCCAGUACUAACAGCAUUCCCUUCUCAUUAUCUUCAAGUUGUGCCAAACUUUCGGCUUUUUCAAACAACGCAAGUAACAAAGCAUUAGGGGGGGAACAGAAGCUCUUCAAGAAUAGAGAGCAGGAAUCACCUGUUCUAUGGAGCAGUGAUGGAGAGGAAGAAGAGGUUGCACGAGGGUGCAGGGAGAGUCUUACAGCAGCUGUGAAGGAGAUGGAACCUGAGGGAGACCUUGAUGAUCCCUAUAUCAUUGCCGCGGAAAAUAUUUCUCUUGAUGAGCUAGUGAGAUCAGUGCACUCUUACUGCCAGCCCACCCUCACUGUAUGCCUGAGUUCUGAUAAUCAGUCCCUUGCUGAGAAGAAUCUCACAGGCCCACUUGUCUUAGAAAUAAUGCCUGAUGGUGGCGAGCUCCUGGAGACCAAGCUCUCACCUACAGUGGAUAGCAGUGACAUAACUGGCCUUAUGGAUAUAGAAGUAGAACUUUUGUCCCCUGCCCUGGGAAAAGAAUUGCCUGAAUACAGGAUGAGGUACGUGGGUCUGGACCGAGAACUUGACUCAUACGAACAAGAUGGGAAGGUAGUUACUGCUGCUCUUCCAAACAUAAAAGAUAGUCAUCCACAGAUAGAGGAGGACACUCAGAAAUCAAUAGGUAAUCAAAAGAAUAUAUCUGAGCCUGUCUCGGUGGCCCCCAAAAAUGCCAAACUCUUUGCCUCAAAGAAGGGUCAGGUAUCUACAAAUAUGAAGAAGAAGAAGAAGAAGAAGAAAUCCAGAGCAGAAACAAAGUAUCACAAGACCAUAAACUGCCAACAAGUGUCCGCCUGUCCUCCAAUGCAGACCAGGAUUGAUGCAAGGAAAUCUAUGUCAGAUUCUAGUUUUCAAAAAAAGGAACCAGAGAGAACUGGAGGGAAAGAAUUGCUCCUAAAUCAAGUAUCUCAGACAAAGGAAACACUUGAAACUGAAGUAGAAUGGUCAACAUGUGUGAGAGAGGAAGGGUCCAAAAAUCCACUUCUGUCAAGCUUAGUAAGUGCAAAGGAUUUGCCGUAUGCAGAGGAGCCCACCCAAAAUCUAGGGAAUUCAGACCCUGUGCCUAUAGUCCCAGGAGAACCCCAUGAAAAAAGCCAGUUCCCCCUACCCGUGAUUGAGAAGUCUAGCUCAGAAGCUUCCCAAAUGCUCCCUGAUUGCACUGGGGAUCUUACAGAGCAGCUGACUAAGGAUACAUCUUGCUCUGAAAAUAAGGAAGUCAUCUGCCCUCCAAGGGAAGCUAAACCUCGGCCUCUCAGCUUGAGUGAAUACAGGCAGCGCCAGCGCCAGCGCCAGUCUAAUAAUGACAGUAUCCAGAACACCAGAGAGAACCGGAGUGCCAGCAAGUGGCCCAGUGUUCCCAAGCUCCCUACAGAGUUGGCUGACCUUCCUUGCCUGAAAGCUCCUCUGCCAUCCGCCAAAGCCGCAGCACCUAAACUUGUGAAGGAGCCUGAAAAGCCUGCUGACUCCACUACUCUUGCCCCUGAUGACAAAGCAAGUGCCAUGGCCCUUUCCAUGCCCUCUUCCUCUACAACUCUGAAACAAAGAGAUCCUCCAUCUUCGCAACUUCUUUCAUCUUCACCUGUCCCUGUAGUGCCUGCUAGUAAAGUAUGUGCUUUUUCUCACAUUGGGCCACAAGUGCCUCCAACAUUGUCCAUACCUCAUGUGCCACCAGCACCAGAGUCUUUCCUACCAGCUCCUCCUAAUCACUACAAUAUGGGCUCAUCCCAACCAGCAGGAUCUUCAUGGUCUCACUUUGCUCUUCUACCAGCUAAUUACCAAAGCUUGCCACCACCACCACCACCUGCUCCUGAAGCUUGUUCUCCUAUCUUCCAUACAGUCCCCCCCUUACUCCCUCCUACGUGGCCGCCUCCCCUACCUGUUCCUUUACCUUUUGUUCCAGCCCCGUCUUAUGGCUCUGUUGAGUGGGCUCCACUGCCACAGUCUUCUUAUUGGUCUGGAAUAUCGGUGCCACCUCCAGUGUUGCCCGUCCCAUAUGGAGAUCAAGGAGGUGUGAGGCAAAGUCCUCAGGUUGGCACUUUACAUGUCUCAUCUCUUUCUGAUGCAUUUCCUGGUCAGCAAAGUACGGCUUUAACACCCGAGUCCUCCUGUAUCGGAUUUCAAAAUGUGGUCAGUGAAAGUCAAAGCCUGCCUGUCCAGGUAUGCCAGGUAGAAGCUCCUUUAGCAAUCAAGGCAACUCCCAGAAAAAUAUCUGACCCAAGGAGACAAACACAGCUCUCUACAGUUCAGUCCCAAACUGAAGUAACUUCAAGCAGUUCUCAAUCAUUGGAGAAACUGCCUUUGUCACCAUUAGCUGAUAAGCCUUCAAAAAAACCAGCAUUGACUCGACAUGGGAGCAAAAGUUCUACCCUGCAGUCCUUAGGGGGGUCCCUUCCUGUGCCUCCUUCCCAUCAAAUAUUGGGAGAACAUGCUGGCAAAGUGAAGUUUUCAAAAGACUUUCAGCUUGUAGAGAAGAACCCUGAACUCUCUGACUCUGGAGAAACUACUGAUCCUGUGGCUCAGAACAACAAGAAGCCAUUAGCAGAGGAACAUUCUCUUUCAGGUCCCUUGUUUGGGUCUGACAUACAAUGGGAAAAGAAAAUGGUGGACCGGCUUCAUGCACCAGAGCUUAUUAAUGUUGCAGGUUUGACUCCACCAGCCACUCCACCCCAUCAGCUGUGGAAACCUUUGGUACCUGCCUCAUUGCUGGGACAGGAUGGGUCCCCAAAAGAUAGCCAGUUUUUGAAAUCCCUAAGCAAAUCUCACUGGAAAGCUGUAGUCCCUGUUCAUGUAGGCGCUGGUGAGCAUGACUAUUGUCAACUAACUGUUGCACAGCCAAAGGGAGGUGCCAAAUGGAAUGUUAAACAGAACUUGGAUAUCACCAUAAAACCUAUUAAGACCUUAACAAAACAAGUGCUAGAUCAGACCUCUGCUGAUAUAAAGAGGCCCCCUGCUACUGUUAGGCUGAAGCCUGUAGUUCCUACUUGCCAGAAUCCUAGAGAAAUUGCCAACCACAUUAAUUCCAACAAGGGCCAGACCAAAGAUUCCAGGACUGUUACGGCUGACUUGAAACCUACUAUCCUAAAUUCAACAUUAUUGGAGACCGGUCUCAUACAUCCAUGCAAAGAGGCAUUGGACCAUCGGACUACUAUUUCAAGGUCCAUGACUAGGAGCAAUGAUGAUCCAUGCUCUGUACUGCUGUCACCAGCUGCAUCCCCUUGCCAAGAUUCAGGAGAAUCGACAUUACAGCAACUUCAGGAGAUACAGCAGAAACCACUCGCUUCGAAACGCUCCUUAAGAUGCUACCGGAGCAGACAGAGGUCAGUUAGUCCGAAAAGCCAAAGGGGGAGAAGCCGACGAAACCAUGCUAGCCGGUCCUUCAGUUCAAGCUCUGAUGGUGACAGUGAUACUUCAUCGUCCUCUUCAUCGUCGUCAUCCUCUUCAUCACAAUCACGUUCUCGGUCUCCACCAUCCAAACACUGGCGAAGAUGUCGCUCACGGAAUUCCAGCUCUUCUUCCACUAAAUGGAGCCAUUCAAGGGGCAGGUCCCGCUCUCCCUCCAAUUCCUCUUACAGGUCAAGAUCAUCUUCCAGGUCCCCUUCUCCGCACAGAAGGAAUAGUUGCAGGAAAAGCUACAAUUCCAGCAGUUCCUAUGAACAUUACCAAAGGCAGAAAAACAAAUAUAAAGAACGUGCAAUCGAGGAACGCCGCGUUGUCUUCAUUGGUAAGAUCCACAACAGGAUGACACGAUCAGAAUUGCGACAUCGUUUCUCUGUUUUUGGGGACAUUGAAGACUGCACACUGCACUUCCGGGAGCAUGGGGAUAACUUUGGCUUUGUGACUUAUCGAUAUGCUGAAGAUGCCUUUGCUGCUAUAGAAGGUGGACAUGCACUGCUUCGUCCUGAUGAACAGCCAUUUGAUCUGGGCUUUGGAGGACGUCGACAGUUCUGUAAAAGAAGUUAUGCUGACUUAGAUUCCAGCCAAGAUGACUUUCAACCUGCCCAUCUGAAGAAUAAAUACGAUGCUCUUGACUUUGACACCUUAUUGAAGCAGGCUCAGCGAAGUCUGCGGAGGUAGCGCUAGUUCUCCUGGGCUCCUAGUUGCCCAGUAGGCAUCUGCCUACACCAGCCUUACCUCGGAUUGGUUGCAGCCCCCCUCUAGCCCAGCUCCAUGUCGAGCAUGAUUUUAUAAUGAAAUAUAAAACAUAAAAAAAUUUAUUCUAGGUUUUUCCUAACAGCUAUUUAAUGGAAGGACCCUUGUUUAACAAGUGGGGUAGGAAUGGAAAUACAUUGACAAUUUCUAGUCCACUUAAUUGCUAUGCAGACAAUAAAAUUGCAAUUAUAGA